GAGGGGGCCAGACAGCUGCUGCCACCAGGCACCGGAGGGAAGGAGCUGGGGACGCCCACUGAGCCCAGACAGACCCAGGCUGCAGCCACUGGUGGGAGGUGCACAGGGACACCGGGCUCUGAGCUGUCACGACCACCGGCCCCCACACCCAGCAUGGCCUCCGCUGAGACCUCGAGGCAGCCGGCCCCCCAGCAGCCCCAGCCCAUCUCCACGGCCACGGCCACAGCCACAGCCAUGGCCCCAGUGGGCUCAGCGAGGGAUGGGCACACUUCCUCCGAGCGUGACCUGGAGUGCCUGGUGUGCAGGGAGCUCUACAGCUGUGCCCGGCCGCCCAAGCUACUGGGCUGCCAGCACUCCUUCUGCGCCGUCUGCCUGAAGCUCUUGCUGUGUGUGCAGGACGACACCUGGACCGUCACCUGCCCACUGUGCCGCAAGGCCACCGCUGUCCCGGGGGGCCUCAUCUGCAGCCUGCGCGACCUAGAAGCCGGGUGCCUGGCCCGGGCGGCCCUGGAGGUGAGGCUCUGUCCUCAGGGGCUAGCGGGCCUCCCCUCCGCAGCAGAGCAGCCCCGCGUGGUGGGAGAGGACGGGCAGGACCCGGGAAGUGCCAACCGCGUGGCGGCCCGGCGCCUGGCUGCACACCUGCUCCUGCUGGGCUUGCUCAUGCUCCUCAUCCUGCCCCUCGUCUACCCGGGCGCCAUCCGCUGGGUGCUGGCCUGCAUCAUCGCCCUGGCCCUGCUGCUGUCCACCUCCUUCUGCUGCCUCCCUAGUGGUCCGAGCCGCUGCCGGGCCUCCCCCAGGACGCUGUGCUGCAGGGCGCAGAAACACAGAGAGGUCUCCUCCAUCGCCUGACCGCCGUGCCGAGGCAGUGCCCCCCACCCCUCACCUCUGGGGCCCCCUCAUUUCC